AUGGCCGAUUCUGGACGCAGCCCUCGUGCCGGCGGUGCCGUCAGACAGCGUCGUGGAGGUAUUUUAUAAUAUUUAUUUUUGUUAAAUCAUCAAGUUUUUUUCCCAAUUUCCCUUUUUUUGGAUUAUUUUUUUUUUUUUUCUUAGAGUCUGGCUAUUGAAACAGAAAGUUUUAUUUUAUAGAUACUAUGACGUGAUUAAAGGGGUAGACGACUUUUAAAACAUGAAAUUAGAUCAAAUUUUUACCAUUUAUUUUAUUUUCAUAGAUAUUUUCUUUUAUAGCAGUACUUUUGACCAAAUCUUGCUGUAGCUCAUUCCGCGCUAGCUUGUCACGAUUUUUUUUUUACUUCGAGAACCAUUUUUUUUCGAAAUGCGGAGCCUGUCUCUGUACAUCCUUUAAUUCAGCUCAAAAAAAUUUCCGUUAUAAUAAAGGCUCAUGCAUGGCGAGAGCGUUUCGAAGGAAAGGGUUCCGUAGCUCGAAGAAAAAAUAAAUUGUGGAAAAAGAAUAUAAAAGCUGGAAUGAAAUGGAAUGGCCUAUACUAAGCCUUUACCGACUAUUUUCAUUUAUUUUCUGAAGCUUGAGAAUUUUUAAAAGACCGACCCUAAAGGCAGGUUUAAAACUACCUUCGACUUGAACCCUGCUUCAUUCCGAAACACGCUUAAAAAUUGCAGGAGCCACCGCUGCGCCAGCUCGCGCUCGCGGCAACAACACCGGCAGCAUCUGGCGCUAUUCUCCGGAAGACUCGACCGGCUUGAAGAUCGGACCAGUCCCAGUCCUCGUCAUGAGCCUCGUCUUCAUCGCUUCCGUCUUCGUCUUGCACAUCUGGGGCAAGUUCACCCGCAGCCGUGCUUAA